GCUUGAGAUAGCCGCUCCAGUUAUUAUUGAACUCAAUGGAUACAAGGAAGUGAAUCAGAAUGAUCACGUGACGAGCCCAUCCUUUACAUUUGAAUACACACGUCUACACUACAAUACAACGAAAGACAUAAAUGAAGAAAUAUUUCAUUAUAAAACUGUGAAUUUACGUUGUGGAACAAAGAAAUUAUGGUUGAAAUGUAGAAAUAGUCGUUUUGUGUCAUUUGUUUGAAGUUCAAACAAAGGCUUCACGAUUAAAAACAAACAUUCUUCAUUAAAGUAAGUCAGAGUAUUUAUAACAUUAUAUUCUAAAUAAAUUUCUUUUUGAAAAUGGCUUCACCACCUAAAAAACUGAAGAUUGAGGCAAAUGGAUCUCGUUUAAGUAAAUUUUUGAUAAAUAAAGGAACACAAGCUUUGAAAACAACCUUGCAGUUUAAUAUAAAUUUUCGCUCGUCAAACCUAAGCGAUGAACUUAAUGAAUCCUCAAAUAAAAGUACAUUGGAAUCCUUAAGACAAAGAAGGGUCAUCAACAAAGAGCAAUGGAACCUUCUUUACCCAUCAACUGGUUUGCCAAACCUUGAUAACUUUGAUAUUUCAUUAUUGACUGUCUUAUUACGUAACAUAUGUGGUCUAACAGCGCCACAUGGUGGAUGGGAUAAUCUUCCUUCCUCUUCAGAUACUUCAAUUUCAGCAAAUAUUGCAAGAAUAAAGUUUUAUAGAAAUAAAGUGUAUGGCCACAUAAGCACAACUAGUGUAGAUGACGGUACGUUUGAGCGCUUGUGGGAUGAAAUCUCAAAAGCAUUGGUUGGUCUGGGUAUUCAACAAACUGAAAUAGUUGAAUUAAAGGAAGCUCCCCUUAGUCCCAAUGAGGCAAAUUAUCUUGAAAUGUUAAAAGAAUGGUAUGAAAAAGAGCAACAGUUAAUCGAUGUUGCUGAGAAAACCAACGAAAAUGUAGAAGAAUUAAAAAAAGAUUUUGAAGCUAUGAAAAAUAAAGUAGAAGAAAUUAAAGAAAGCAUGCCAACAAAAGUUGAUGUAGUAGAAAUUAAACAAGAGAUGGCAACAAAAGCUGAUGUAACCAGAGUGAAAGAAUUGAUACAGGACAAAAUAUGCCCAGAUCUCAAGAAGCUUGCAAAGUUUAAGUUUAACGGUCUUAUAAACGAUCUUAACAAGAAAUACCUUGAAGGCACUAGACAAUGGUUAUUUGAAAAACUCGACACUUGGUUUAACGAUAAAAGUGAAGAUGCUUCUAAUGUCCUGAUUUUGAUUGCCGGUCCUGGUGUUGGUAAAAGUGUAUUUGCUGCUGAGGUGUGUCGACAAUAUUCUGAAAAGGAGAAACUUGCUGCUUGUCAUUUCUGCAGGUAUAAUCGAUCAGAUGAAAGGAAUCCUCGAAUAUUGAUAGAAUCAUUGGCCUGUAGCAUGUGUGAUACAAUAUUAGAUUUCAAAUCUAAACUAAAUGAAGAAUUACAGAGAAACCAUUCCAAAGAAUCAAUCGCCGAUGCUUUCCGUGUUUUAUUAAAUAAUCCAUUGCAUUCAUUAAAAGAUUAUGAACCAAUGCUUUUGGUUAUUGAUGCAUUAGAUGAAAGUCAAGUUGAGGGCAAAAGUGAAUUAUUGGAAUUGAUUACUGAUGAAUUCGGCCGACUACCUAAAUGGAUUAAAAUCUUCAUCACCAGUCGUCCAGAACUUCCUGUUCAAACAGAGUUGAAAGACAUGAAUCCUGUAGAAAUAGAAACUCAACCUCAUGAUAGAAAGAACGAAUACGAUCUGUGCAAGUAUUUAGAACAUGAGUUGAAGAGUAAUUUAUUCAUUGCUGAGAGAUGGCACGAAGACAGUGAUGACUCAUUUGACAGGGAUGACAGUGAUUACAGUGAUAAUGAUUACACGGCUUUUCAUUUAUUAGUUAAAAAAUGCGAGGGUUCGUUUCUGUACGCUUACCACGCACAAGAGAGUUUAAAAAAAGAAAAAACUAAGCUAACUGUUGAGAAUAUUAAACAAUUGGUUCCUACUGGCUUGAGUAAGUUCUACGCAGAACAAUUCAAGAGAUUAAAUAAAUCAUUGAAAGAAAUAAUUUUAUCAACACACAAAACCGUUAUUUCCGACAAAAACUUUACGGAAUGUCUUGAAGUGUUGGUGACUUAUCAAAGUAUUUUGCCUUUGUCUUUUCUUUUUCAAUGUUUAGGUUUUUCUGAUGAUAUGAAGUUUAAAGAUCGUAUUAAAAUACAUGAAGUGCUAUCGCAAUUUUUUCCAAUUUACGAUGAUUAUUUGACCGUGUAUCACAAGUCUCUCAUUGAUUGGUUGAAAUCAGAUGGUUAUGAAGAGCACGAGUUCACAGUUGAUCCUAAAAAUGGUCAUAAGUUCUUAUGGCAUGCUUGUGAGAAAGUAUUUGAACAAAUUAAGAAGAUGAACAUUUUUAAAGAUCAGAUGAACACUGCUAUGAUUAAGUAUGCUUUGGAGAAUGGAAUCUAUCAUAUGUUACAAUGUGGCGAAAAUGUUGACUUUAGCUGGAUAAUAGAUGUCAAAGUGUUUUGUGUGAAGUUAAUGGUUGUGAAAGACAAGUACAUGGAUACCAUUUGGUCUGAAUUGCAUGAAAUCAUUACGACACUACCAAAUUUCUUGAGAAAAGAUGUACUUAAGGAACAACUAUUUCAUUUGCUUAUGACAGUAAGAUAUGCGUCAAAAUUAGAUAUUAGCUUAUUUUAUUUACAAAUUAUUGCAAACGCAAUUGAUAGCAAAAACGAAAGAAGAUUAUUGGCAAGGGAUUUAUUAAAACAAGGAAAGUUUUCUUGGUUUGAGGAUUUAGAAUUAACAUAUUUAACAAACCGUUAUCAUUUGACUGUCUCCUUGCGUGCUAACGUUACAUCUCUUUGUGUGUCGUCCAAUGAAGAACUUCUUGCUGUAGGAUAUGAAAAUGGUCAAAUAUCUAUUUUUGAGCUUCCAGAAUUCAAACAACGAUGCACUCUCGGCACUGCACUCGAUGAUUUAUUUGUACCUAGAAACAUCUGUUGUUGCUCCUUUUCACCUACCGGAAAUAGACUGGUAACUAGUGAUAGAUCUACUGAAGUAAAGUUGUGGGAUGUCAACAAUGGACGUUUGUUGUUAUGUUUACAGUCAGAUGGUGUCGUUAAUCGUUGCUCUUUCUCAAAUUCUGGUUUGUUUAUUGCAGCAAAAUAUUAUGAAUUUUUUCCUAAAGAUGUGUCCACUGCAUGGAAUUCAUUAACUUUGCAAAGAAUUGAUCGACGCUGCGUUGUUGAUCACCAAAAACUACAAUGCACUGAUAAAUGUUCAGAGUUCCUUGGUGCAGAAUUCGUCGAGACUUUGUAUGUUUUUGAAUUCCCAAAGGCAAUCGAUAUUAUUUACCAACCCUUACCUUCAAUGAUAACACACCAUUAUCGUGAUUGUAUUCUUUCUUAUACAAGCCAUUAUCUAACGUUUUUUGAAAUCACUCAGUUGCGACGAUCAUUGGGAAAUCAUGGAGAAAUCGAGUUUUGUUUACCAUUCGUUGGGUGUUCAUGUAUUUAUAGGUAUCGUAACAAAGUCCAUCCCAUCUCGUUUAAGGAAUUUUACGUUGUGCCGUAUUUUUCCAAGCUGAAUAUUUUCAAAACUGAUCAUCUUUUGAAAUCUUCAUUUAUUUCUGAGGAAUUGGAAAUUAAAUGUUGUUGUUUUUCACCGGAUGGAUCUUUUUUUGCUGCUUUCGCUGUUGGUGACCACGUCAACAUUUAUAUUUGGAGCAUUGAACGUUGCACUAUUAUUCAAACUGUACCAAUGAAACUGAAGAAUGCAUUAGGAUGUUGGUGGUCGGAUGGUUUACUGUGGAUAUGGGAUGGUUCUGAUCAUCUUAUGAAGAUAUCAGCUUCGUCUGAAAAUUUUGUAGAUUCUACUCAAGCAAAGCAUGUUAACAUUGGAUUUAAACCUAACAAAAUCUUGACAUUUGGUGAUGUCUUAGUUUGUAUUGACGAACAAGAUUUUGUUCAAGUUGUUAGAAUUGCCAAGGGUGAGAUACAAUACAACGAAAGAUUUCCUCUCAAUGGUUUUCAAAUUAAAGCAGCAGCUGUAUCCCCUGAUAAUUCUAUUAUUUUAACUGUAAACAAAACAGAAUACACAUUAUGGAAAUGGGGAAAUAACAACAAUGUACUUUACUUGAAGCCUUGGCACACUGCAGAAAUACCCAUAACAGCUGUCAUUGAAAAAUUUGUUCCACAACAGGUAACUGUAAAUGAUCUAGAGUUCAACUGCUGUAUAAGUGAUAGUAAACAAGCAGUUAUAACAUUUUCCGCACGCUUCGAAUGUAUGGGCAUUUAUUUAAUUAAUUUUCAUGUGAAUGGUGAUGUGAAUGCAAUUUUGCAUGAUGUCAGUGUCCAUUUAUUGGACUCCAACCCAAUCGUACACAAAUCUUAUUGCAUUGGAGUGCUUGAAGAUAGGUCAUUGGUUGCUGUAGAUUUAAGGAGUUGUGAAGAGUGCGCUAAAUCUGUCCAAAUAGAUUAUUUAAUGUCUAAUAUAACUAUGCAUUCCAAUACAGGAACUUUAGCUAUUGUUGACAGCUCAAAUUGCAGAAUUCAAUUUUUAAAACUUAAUGUUCCUGAAUAAAUACAUGAACUCAAACUUUAAUAGUUUAUGCAAAAACCUGUUGAGAAAAUGCACAUAGAUGUUGAUGGUCGUAAGGAUGAUUGCUUGUUUCCACCUACUAUAGUUUUCUACAGAAGAAGUAUACUUAUUCUACCUGGCAAUCUUUAAGAAAUUAUCUAUAUUUACCAAAAAUAAAUUUGGACCAAUUUUGCAAAAGAUCUUUUAAAUUUAUCGGCACUAUUUCUUGGAAUGUCUUACCUCCUGCUAUUAAAGAAUGUAAAAUAUUAUCUAUGUUUUGCAAUAAUCUGAAACGAUGUAUAAUUGCUUUUUAUAACACAAAUGACUUGUAUUUAAAAAGAGCGCUUCUAUAGUAAUUGAUCAUGAAUAUUUGUUUAUCCUUUCUAAGAUUUUACUUGUAAUCUUCCUAAAUGAAUUGUCAUUUAAACAGGGCAUCCUCUAGAUUAGACUACUACUGUAAGAUGCUCUGUCAAACUUAUUAUUAUGUAUUGUACCUCUGAACAAAUUUCAUGUUGAUGAAUUACUUUUUAAUAAAAAUUUAUGGUUAGA